AAUGGAAAUGGACUCUUCUGUGUCCAUCUGAUUUGACUCAUAUACCUAUAUCUGUGUGGUUACUAAGUGGAUGUUCACAAGGAAGUGUGUGGCUUCACAGUGGUCAGAGGGAAAAGAUGGAGAUGGAAGAUUGGUGGAAGUGUGUGGCUUCACAGUGGUCAGAGAGAAAAAAGAUGGAGAUUGAUGGAAGCUUGGACUGCCUGCUGGCUCUUGUUUCAAGUGGAAUCUAAUAAGGAUUGAGAAGUUCUUUGCACAUCAUCAUCAUCAUGGCCCCGAUAGCCAUCUGUGUAAAGUCCCCCACCCUCUGCAGGCACUUCACUGCACUGAGUGUGAGGAGAUGUGUGCCUUAUCAUGCCACUACAGCUUUCAGUCUUCCUCCAUUAGGCCCAAUCCUCCAGGGUACCAAUCGGAUGUAAAGUGCUCAAGCACAUCUGUGUCCCUGCGUCUGUGUGUGUGGGUGUGUCUUAGAAUGUUUGUAUGUUAAAGCACAGUCGCAUGCAUAGAAUGUUGAGAAGGCAGUGUAUGUAUUCAGGCACAUUGUGAAGUCUGAUGUUUUCUAUGCGGACCAGGCACCAGGUUAUUGAUCUUGUUAAAUGGGUAUACAGGUCCACAUGUGGCCCCUGGGACAGAGUCAUUAGUUACGGCUUGUCAUUGCUUCCCUUCUACAUAGCAUGUCCAUUAGUUAACUGGAAUAACGACUUAGAUGUAACAUACAGUUUGAGGAGGCAUUUUGGAGAGGAGAAGUUGAAGGAGGCGGUCGUGUUGAGUGGCAUCAGAUUUGUGUGAAAUUUCAUUCUGUAAUGGGCACAAGUGGAGAUUUGAUUUACAAUUAUGUAUGUUGUUGGUUUUUUUAGAUGACAUGCAUAAGGUUGGUAAGUGUCACUGUUGUACUGGGUAGAGUCAUUAAGAAAGGGGAGGUUACUAUUUAGAUGGGAAAGGAAGAGGAGGAGAACAUGGAAGAGGGUGGAGAAAUUGUUAGAUAAGCAAAGAGAUAGAGAGAAACAGAAAGGGAGUGCAGGCAAUAACAAAUGCUUCUCAUGACUUGUUGGGAUAUCUUGUUCUUAACCUUCCUGGGCAUGGAAUUCAAAAUGGAAAUAUACUACUUUGGAGAGUUUUGAGUGAUCUACAGAGACAGUCAGGGGAUUGGACAAAAAGCACUGUGAGGGUAUUUUGUAGAUAUUCUUUCUCACACACACACACACUCACACACUUGGACAGACCAUUCACAAGAGGACGGCAGACAGCACUAAUCUCAGGAUGAUAGGGAGCUGUGUCAAAGACUUCUUCACCUACGAGACCACCAAGUCUGUGGUGGUCAAGAGCUGGACUAUUGGCAUCAUCAACCGUGUCGUCCAGCUCCUCAUCAUCACCUAUUUCAUCGGUUGGGUGUUUAUGCAUGAGAAGGCUUACCAAACAAGAGACUCAGCCAUUGAGUCAUCUGUCAUGACCAAGGUGAAGGGCUUUGGCAUGUACAAUAACCACAUUAUGGAUGUUGCAGACUAUGUCACCCCAACUCAGGGGGCCUCUGUAUUCUGUCUCAUCACCAAGCUCAUAACCACAGAGAACCAGGUGCAGGGCCAGUGCCCACAGUUUAUGUCCCCCAAAGAACGAAAAUAUAUCUGCAGCAAUGAUGAAAUGUGCCAAAACGUAAGGUCGCCCAGUAAUGGUGUGUUGACCGGCAAGUGUGUGCCCUUCAAUGGAAAGAACAAAUCCUGUGAGAUCAAAGGCUGGUGUCCUGCUGAGAAUGAUGAGGUCAAAAUGACACCCAUGAUGGAGGUGGAAAAUUUUACAAUCUUCAUCAAGAACAGCAUUCGCUUUCCCCUUUUCAACUUUACCAAGGGUAAUAUCUUGCUCAACAUUACCGACAAGUACAUUAAAUCGUGUAAUUUUGAUCCAGUUCACCAGAGAUACUGUCCCAUAUUCAAAGUGGGUGAUGUGCUUCGAUUUGCCCAACAGAACCUCUCCAUUCUGGCCGACAAAGGAGGGGUGAUUGGAAUAAAGAUUGGCUGGGUCUGUGACUUGGACAAGUCUGAAGAUGAAUGCAACCCUACAUACUCCUUCACCCGUCUAGAUGCCGUGUCACAACAGAAUAAUGUGUCUCCCGGAUACAAUUUCAGGUUUGCCAAGUACUACAAGACGGAGAAUGGAACAGAGCACCGCACUUUAUAUAAAGCCUAUGCCAUUCGAUUUGAUGUGAUAGUUAAUGGAAAUGCAGGGAAGUUCGACAUGAUCCCUACUCUUAUUAACAUGGUUGCAGCCUUCACGUCUGUGGGUGUGGGAACUGUACUCUGUGACAUCAUUCUCCUAAACUUCCUGAAGGGAGCUGACCAAUACAAGGCCAAAAAAUUUGAAGAGAUUACAGAGGCUGAAGUUGAGAGGUCUGCCUCCAUAGAUGGCAUGUAUCGGACCAGAGAGCAAAGUCAGUUGACCAUCAGGCUGGAUGAAAAGGACUCAAAUGACUCUGGGGAUUUUUCCUUGGGGCGGUUUGCUUAACAGAUCAAAAGAACAAUACAAAAAAAAUGUAUGUAGUAUUUCAGUCUUAAAUUAGCAUAGAGUGUGAAAAAUAUUUGUUUGUUUGCUCAUUUACUUGUCCACUAUAGCAAUAAAGAAAUUUAAAAUUA